UGCCUUCCAACAGUCUUCGCCGAGCGGUUGAAUCCUCUGGUAGUGUUCAGUCCAUAAGGGGAGCGUGUCAGUUUUUCACAUGAUGCUGUUUGGAGGUGUUCAAGUGUCCCGUGUAUCGGGUGUUCCGUUGUUCUUUGUGUUAUUGUGGAUUGGACAUGUUUUUGGGUUAGAACCAGUAAGUAGUACCCAGAACACAUCUUCCCUACCCGAAUCACCGCAUUGUGGCAUUCAGCUGGGUGAUCGGGUGCUCAGUGGGCAGUCAACGCAAAUCGACGAGUUCCCAUGGACGGCACUGAUCGAGUUCCAGAAACCGGACGGCAGCUUUGGCUUCCACUGCGGAGGAUCGCUGAUCAAUGAGCGGUACAUCGUGACAGCAGCCCACUGUAUUAAAUCCAUUCCACGCGAUUGGAAGGUCCAACGGGUGCGUCUUGGUGAGUGGGAUUUGGCAACUGCAAACGAUUGUCAGAAUGAGUUCUGUUCGGAUGCACCGAUCGAUCUGGACAUUGAGCAGAUUGUUGUCCAUACCGGUUACGAUACGAAGGAUAAGAGCAUUGCGAACGAUAUCGCGCUAAUACGCUUCACCCGGCCGGUAAACUACUCACAAACCGUGCGGCCUAUCUGUUUGCCCCUGAGCAGCUCACUUCGCAACCGUAGCCAUGAUGGGCUGAUCAGCUACGAGGUUGGCUGGAGGAAAAACAAUUCGGCAACGGCCAGCGAGAAGAAACUGAAGGUCGAGGUUGAAAUCAAAAGCCUGCAGGAGUGUGCGCCGAUUUAUGAGCGGAAUGGUAUCUUGCUGAAACAGACGCAGAUGUGUGCCGGUAGCGUUCGUAGCAAGGAUACGUGCAGCGGUAACUCGGGCGGCCCGCUGAUGCGACAGAUGACCGGAUCGUGGUAUUUGAUCGGUGUAAAUAGCUUCGGACCGCGCAAGUGCGGAACGUUCGGUGUGCCCGAUGUGUACACGAAUGUGGCGGAGUAUGUGGACUGGAUAAAGGACAACAUCUAUGGAAAACCCUCUCCGAACAGAAUGCAAUCUGCGAAAGGAAACGUAUUUACGCUUUGGGUUGCAUCUUGGUUGGGUCUAAUGUGCUUAUCAGCGUACUGUACUCCAGCACAGAAAUCUCUGCUCCCGCAGCCUCCGAUGUGUGGCAAUGAUGCACCAGAACGUCUCAUUACUAGCCUAGUUGCUCAACUCGAUGAGGCCCCCUGGAUGGCUUUGAUCGAGUAUUGGAAGCCGAACGGAAGCUUAAGCUAUCUGUGUGGAGGAUCAUUGAUCAACGAGCGUUACGUCAUUACAGCUGCUCACUGCGUUACUUCACUGCCGCAAGGUUGGACAGUCUACCGGAUACGGCUUGGUGAGUGGGAUCUGAGCACUUCCGAGGACUGUGACCACAGCCGGUGCAACGAUGCACCGAUCGAUGUGGCAGUUGAUAAAAUCACUGUUCAUGAGGACUACAAAUCACCGAGCAGAAAUCAUCGUAAUGAUAUAGCGUUGAUUCGCCUAGACCGACAGAUGCAUUACACCGAGACAGUGGCACCCAUCUGUUUACCUCAGAAUGGCUCGCUUCAAACACAACGGUACCGAACCAUGCACAGCGUCGGUUGGAUUGAGGAGAAUUUCGGGCCAAUUGGCGGGAAGAAGCUACAGGUAGAACAGGACUUGGUGGAUUUUCAGAAUUGCUCUUCGAACUAUCUGCAGGCUAGUAUUGCCUUAGCGGACACUCAGCUUUGUGUAGCCCAGCAGAAGGGCAAUCGCAUUGAUAUCGCUGGUGGUCCAUUGAUGCAACGGAUUGCAGGGCAUUGGUAUCUUUUUGGAGUGGCAAGUUUUGGGGGGCGGAACUAUGGUACGGUUAAACUACCCAACGUUUACACCAACGUGAUGGAAUAUGUCGAUUGGAUUGAGAGCAACAUGGAAUAGAAAUUGGCAUUGCUAUGGAGGCUUUUCGAAGUUUCGGAAAGUUAUUAAACUUUGAUUGAGUAUGUAAUCUUAAAAAUAAAUGAAAUCUACAUGCUAAAAACA